CACCAGCCGGCGGCCGCUCCGACGGGAGAAGAGGAGAACGAUAUAUUAUCAGUUUUUUUUUUUCUCUAUAAUCGAAAUUCUUCAAUAGCGCAGAGUUGUUGAAUUUCUAAUCGCGCUCUUCUUUGUUAAUUCAAUACCAAAAUAUUUAGCCGAUGCAUCGAACUUCAACUUCCAGCCUCGCCAAACUCUCACCUUCCUUCUUCUGCCUCGCGUUCGUCCCCAAAUCAGCUUUCUCUUCUGCUUCAUCCUCGACAUUUUUGCAGCCAAUUCCUGAAUCUCAAGCCCAAUUAAUCGUAAACCCUCUUUUCCAUUUUCUCCCACAAAAUCAAAACCCAUUCAACAUAGUCGAAAUCGUUUGUUCGCAUCUUAAAACGGGCAAUCCGGAGUUGGCUCGUCUUCAAUCUGAAAUUAAAGAGCUUCUUCCCCACUUGGGCCAUCGGGAAGUCUCCAAGGUUUUACUGAGGUGCCAAUCUAAUUUCGGCUCUGCUCUUGCUUUUUUCAAUUGGGUAAAAUAUGAUUUGAAUCUUAGACCUAAUUCUAAGAAUUAUUGCCUUAUCAUCCAUAUAUUGGCUUGGUCUCGACAACUUCCUUUGGCGAUGAAAUUUUUGUCUGAACUGAUAGAACUGUCAGAGGAAGAUGUCUUCCAGAAUUUGGUGUUGUGCACUGAGCACUGUAAUUGGAACCCUGUAAUCUUUGAGAUGCUUAUUAAGGCGUAUAUGAAAGUGGGUAUGAUUCAAGAAAGUUAUUGGAGCUUUAAGAAGAUGGUACGAUUGGGUUUUGUCCCAAGUGUGAUUGCUUGUAACUGUAUUCUAAAUGGACUGGCGAAGAUGAAAUGUGAUGGCCACUGUUGGGAGCUAUAUGAAGAGAUGGGGAGGAUUGGAGUUCACUCAAAUGCGUAUACUUUUAAUAUUUUGACUUAUGUUUUGUGUAGAGACGGGGAUGUGAAUAAGGUUAAUGAGUUCUUGGAGAAGAUGGAAGAAGAGGGGUUCGAUCCCGAUAUCGUGACUUAUAAUACUUUGAUUGGUAGCUAUUGCAGAAGAGGAAGAUUAGAAGAUGCAUUUCACUUGUAUAGGAUAAUGUAUAGGAGGGGUGUGAUGCCUGAUCUUGUUUCAUAUACUUCCUUGAUGAAUGGUCUUUGUCAGAUAGGGAGGGUAAGAGAGGCCCAUCAGAUAUUUCAUCGGAUGAUCGAUCGAGGACUGGAUCCAGACGUCGUGUCGUAUAAUAUGCUAAUUAGUGCAUAUUGCAAGGUUGGAAGGCUACCAGAGGCAAGAUUAUUGCUACACGAUAUGAUUCGAAUCGGCCUUUACCCGGAUAGUUUCACUUGUAGGAUUAUGGUGGAAGGAUAUGGAAGAGAGGGUAGGUUGAUCUCAGCUUUGAAUUUGGUUGUGGAACUUCAGAAACUUGGAGUUGCUGUUACUUGUGACAUAUACAAAUAUCUUAUCAUUUCGUUGUGCCAGGAAGAUCGUCCAUUUGCAGCUAAGAGUCUUCUAGAAAGAAUUAUUAACGAUGGUUUCGAACCUGAUGCAGGUAUCUAUGGUAAGCUGAUUGAAUCUUUCUGUAGAGGCAAUCAUGCAUCUGAGGCAUUACUUAUGAAAUCUGAAAUGGAAAACAGAAAUUUCGAGCCUGGAGUUGAUAUUUACAAGUCUCUUAUUUGCUGCCUGUGUGAAAUCAAUAGAAGUGGAGAUGGUGAAGGUUUGAUGGUAGAAAUGGUUGAAUCUGGAUUGCCUCCAGAUCAUAUAAUAUGCAGAGCAUUGAUAAAUGGACACUGCAAAGAAGGCAAUGCUGAUAAAGCAGAAUCAUUAUUGGCCUCGUUUGCCAAAGAAUUUCAGUUCUUUGACACUGAAAGUUUCAAUGCCCUGAUUAAAUUUUACCAUGAUGUUGGGAAUGAAACGAAGUUGAUGGAGCUGCAAGAUCGGAUGUUAAAAGCGGGUUUUGUUCCAAACAGCUUAACGUGCCGAUACGUUAUCCAUGGACUAUGGAAAUCUGCGAGGUUCGGCAAACAUAGACUUCAAGCAGUUUAAGUCUUUUGUAUUGAAUGAAAGGCUUAUAGCGAGAACGAUCCACCAUUCUUGAGUCGAUGUCAAAGCUCCAAGUGUGAAGUCAUUUGUCAAAAAAAAAACUCAUGCGGCAUGUAUAUGUGAGGGUUUUAGGGAGUGGAGAUCAGAUUUCUCUUUCAAUCUCCCCUAGGACCACCCAUGGCUUCGUGCCAAUUAUCAUAGGGGACUUGGACGAAUUUACGUGGUAACCUCAUUCAGUAUCACAGGGGACCUGGACGAAUUUACGAGGUAACCUCAUUCAGUUUUCAGUGAGACGAUCUCCAAUCCAGCUUACUCAAUGGUGAUUCUUGCAUCAUUUAGUGGAGUGAGUUGAGAGAUGGAUUUCGGAAGAUUUAGGCAUUGACGAUUGAGGGUGAAAAUGGUUCAUGGUUCAGAAGCAAGAGAACAAGCAUAUCAGAAACCUCCGUUGCUAUUAGACAGUGGUAUUUUGAAGAAUACAAGAAAAUACAGAGUUGGGUAGGAAGUUUGAAGCACUUGUCAUUUUGCUUUGAUUGCAGACGAUUCUGUACAUUUGUCAUCAGAGUCUUCUAUUUUAUUCCAAAUGGUAGAAGCCACAGCAGUGCUAUUAUUGAAGCAUUUUCCCACAAACUUCUACCUUUGAUCACAAGUGCUGAGACCGCUUCAAGGCAGAAAAUGACCAAAAUUAUAAUAGUGUAUAAUUUAAGAACAGAUUAUUCAAAUCUCCAUCUUCUUCCCGUGUAGUUGGGGAUAUUUUUUUUCUUGAAAUUUUUCCAGUAAUAUAAAUGCUUUUAUUGAGCACUGGACCAAAGAGUAAACUGAAUUAAUGAGAGUGGGAAGAUUCUCUAGAAGUUUUGGGCAGUACAUUCCAAAACUGAAUUUAAUGAUACGAAGGAUUCUUUGGACCCGUUUGAUAA